CAUGUCAGCCUCCUGGUGCUAUAUGAGAAAAUUUUACCGAGAAUUUUCAAUAAAACUUUACAAGCCGCUUAUUGUUCGGAGUUCAUCUUACAGCAUCUCAUCGUGCAGAUUUUGUUCCACUUAUGAUAAAAGCAAGGGUAAUGCAGAGAAGAAAAAAACCAAGGCAAAACAAGGAAAAGGAGGACUUGUAUAUGAAUCGGCAACAUAUCUUGUUCCAACAGAACCAGGAGACAAGAAAGAUGUUUCCUGUCCAUUACCUAGAAGUUACAGUCCUGAGUUUGUGGAGUCAGCCUGGUAUGAUUGGUGGGUGGCCAUGAAGUUUUUCACACCAGAGUAUGGAGAACAAAAAGGUUCCACUCGACAAAAAUUCAUCAUGUGUAUCCCCCCUCCCAAUGUGACAGGAACUUUACAUCUUGGGCAUGCAAUUACAAAUACCAUCCAAGACGCUCUUGUUAGAUGGCACAGAAUGCGAGGUUUUGAAACUCUGUGGCUCCCUGGCUGUGAUCAUGCAGGAAUAGCCACACAGGUGGUGGUGGAAAAGGCACUGUGGAGAACAAGAAGGCAGACCAGGCAUGACAUCGGGAGAGAUGCCUUCAUUCAGGAAGUGUGGAAUUGGAAGCAAAGCAAGGGAGAAGUCAUUUACGACCAAAUGAAGAAACUGGGAUCAUCAUUGGAUUGGAACAGAGCCUGUUUCACACUUGAUAAGAAUUUAUCAGAUGCUGUAGCUGAGGCCUUUGUCAGGCUCCAUGAUGAGGGAUUGAUCUACAGAAAGAAAAAAAUGGUGAAUUGGUCUUGUCAACUACAAUCUGUGAUAUCAGAUAUUGAGGUAGAGAAUAUAUUCCUGAAGAAGCGGACUCAUCUUAAUAUUCCUGGAUAUCAAAAUCAAGUAGAAUUUGGGGCACUGACCUCUUUUGCAUAUCCAGUGGUGGGCAAAGAUGAGGAAAUUGUGGUGUCUACCACUCGACCUGAGACAAUGCUGGGAGACACGGCUGUUGCUGUUAACCCCCUUGAUACACGCUAUCAGCAUUUACGUGGCUGUUCUGUUCAACAUCCAAUAGAUGGACGACAACUACCUGUUGUGUUUGACGAAAGUGUUGAAAUAGACUUUGGAACUGGUGCUGUGAAAAUCACUCCUGCUCAUGACAAAACAGACUAUAACAUUGGACAGAGGCAUGGCCUGCCCUCUGUGUCGGUCAUCAGUAGGACGGGUGUGAUGGAGAACGUUGGUGCUCCCUACGCUGGAAUGAAGAGGUUUGAUGCCAGAAAGAAAGUGGUGGAGGAUCUCAAGAGACGAAAAUUAUUCCGUGGCACUGAGAGUCACACCAUGACUAUUCCUAUCUGUAGCCGUUCUAAGGAUGUGAUUGAGCCAAUGGUCAUGGAUCAGUGGUUUAUCAACAUGGAAGAAAUGUCGGAGAUGGCUGUAGAGGCUGUGAAAUCAAAGCAGCUUAGUUUUGUACCAGAAUAUCAUGAAAAAGUGUGGUUUAAUUGGCUGAAGGACGCACAGGAGUGGUGUAUAUCGAGACAGCUGUGGUGGGGGCACAGGAUACCAGCCUAUCUAGCAUAUGAUAAAACCAAGAGUCUAGAGAAGAGUGUAUGGGUUGUAGCAAAAACUCACAAGGAGGCAGUAAAAAAAGCGAUACAAGUACUGGAUACUAGUGAAGAGGACUUAGUGAUAAACCAAGAUGAAGACGUCCUGGACACCUGGUUUUCCUCGGGGUUAUUUCCAUUCUCACCACUUGGAUGGCCUAAUCAGACAGUUGAUUUGAGUAAAUAUUAUCCCAUCAGUCUCAUGGAAACAGGAAGUGACAUUCUGUUCUUCUGGGUUGCCCGGAUGGUAAUGCUGGGGAUGAAAUUGACCAAUCAGCUGCCAUUUUCUAAGGUAUUGCUCCAUGGGUUGCUGAGAGAUGCCCAUGGACGGAAAAUGAGUAAAUCUUUGGGCAAUGUCAUAGAUCCACUAGAUGUGAUAUCUGGUAUUACACUUGAGGACUUGCAUAAAAAGGUAGAAGAUAGUAACUUGUCUGCCCAGGAAUCGGAGACAGCCAAGGAGGGCCAGAGGAGGGAUUUUCCCAGGGGAAUCCCGGCCUGUGGGACGGACGCUCUGAGAUUUAUGUUGUGUUCCUAUGAUUUCAAAGAUGAUGAAAUCCCGAUGAAUGUAGAUCAUGUCCAAGCAAGGAGGCACUUCUGCAACAAAAUUUGGAAUGGUUUCAAGUUUGUGACCAGCUGCACUGACGCUGUUGUGGAAUAUAGUGAUCCCUUGGUGCUGUCUGCUGACCUGAUAGACAAAUGGAUACUGAGUCGUCUGUGUAACAUGGUGGAACUAUGUAACGAGGGGUUUAAAUCUUAUGACUUGCAAGUCUGCACGAAAGCAUUACAGAACUUCUGGGUCACCGACUUCUGUGAUAUCUAUCUGGAAUAUUCAAAGCCAAUUAUGAAUAGUGAAAGUGUUGAAAAGAGAGAGGCCACGCUGCAGAUUUUGUGUCUGUGUGUUGACACAUUUUUACGAGCCCUCAGUCCCUUCAUGCCGUACCUGUCAGAGGAGCUGUUCCAGAGAUUGCCCAUUGUAGACAAGGAAGUCAGUGUUUGUGUUGCCAAGUACCCAGAAACUGAUGAUAUUCCGUUCCGAGAUCUGGAGUUGGAGGCGGCAGUAGAGAGAGUGAAAGCCGUAGCGACGCACGUCCUCUCCGUGGCCAACGGAUACAGCAUCAAAAGCAACGUACUCAAAGUUUAUGUAAGAGUGCCCCAGGAGAGCAGUUUAAACACACCUGGCUUGAUUCAGGCUCUACAGGUCAUAUCUCGAAGUAAAUCUGUUGAAAUGGUUGCCAAGGAAAUGCCAGCAGACUGCACCUUGUAUCACCUUGAAAACAAUAUCGACAUUGGCAUCAUUUUGAAGGACAUUAUUGAUGUUAACAUGGAGAAAGAGAAAAUAAACAAGAAACUGGAGAAAUUGGAGAAAAAGAUCGGUCAACUGCUGAAAACGUCGAAAAUGACGUCACAAAAACGAGAGAAACUUCAAACAGAGAUAAUGGAAUUGGAGACGAUGAGUCAACUACUGAAGGACAGCUUGAGUGAAUUGGAGAAAAUGCGUACGGAAAAGCUGGACUAGAGAUUAUAUUAUCACAAACUGGUUUGCAUCGUAUGUUGUAAUUCAACGAGAGUGAGACUGUUUGCCCGUGUGACUGCUAGGUUUAUCCAUAGACAUUCUGCACCGUGAAUCUACUCUCCAGUUUCUGAGCUAAUUCCACUUUAUUCAAUUUUCUAAGUCCCUUGAUUAGUUGGAUAAUGUCACCCUGUCGGUUAAAUGAGCGCCAUUUCUCUAGAGAACGUAGCGCAGAUUCCUCGGGGGUUUUGUCUUGACGGGCAGAAAUGGUAUCUAUGACUUCCACAUCCUUCUGUCGUCUGUCUGGGUCACGUGGGGGAACAAAGGGCAGACGAUCAUAGAGCCUUUUCCAGUCCCGCCCUAUGUGGAAAGCGACGUACCGGCAAGCGUCAUCCAUUUGGACUAUGAAACAAAUUGCAGAACAAGUUAAAAUACAUAAUCUGAUGAGCGAUGGACAUGUGUAUAUUUUAAGUAUGAAAUGAUUAAUUGAUUAAUCUUUGAACGACGAUUAAAAUUUUGUUAACAAGA